AUGGAGAGCUACCUGCACGACUGGCGCCAGGACGCCCUCAACAAGGCGCAGUACGAGUCGGCCAUCUUUGUUGGGGACAAGCUGCUGGCGCUCACAGGUGACGACAAGGAUGCCUUCUGGCUCGCACAGGUGCACUUUGCCAUGGGCAACUACACACGUGCCCAGGCCCUGCUGUCCAAGUCCAAUCUGAUUGCGCGCAACGCGUCGUGCCGGUAUCUGGCAGCCCACUGCCUGAUCAAGCAGUCCCGUUUCGACGAUGCCCUAGCUGUGCUGGGCGAGCGCAACCCGACCCAUCUGAUCCCUUCCUCGGCCAACAAGCGCAAGGCGACGGGAAGUGGACCAGCCGGUGGAGUUGCAAACGUAUUCGACCGGGCCAAGGAGUGCUACAAGGACGCGGUGCGCAUCGACGUGCAGUGUUUCGAGGCGUUUCAGCAGCUGACCAAGAACGCUCUGAUGGCACCGGACGAGGAGUGGGAGUUUCUGCAGUCGCUCAACUUUGACAGCAUCGCCGUGAGCACGGGCUCGGGCAGCGAGGCGGACGGCAACAGCGAUAUGGACGCGGCGCAGGAGGCUGCGGACUUCACGCGGAUGCUGUACAGCACGCGGCUGUCCAAGUACCGGAACCCGGAGGGCUUUGCGACGGCGGUAGAGUGUCUGACAUCGCACUACCGGCUGGGCGGCAACGCGGACCUGCUGCUGGCACGUGCAGACCUGGCGUAUACGCAGUGCCGGUACGAGGACGCGCUGGCCCUGACGAGCUCGGUACUGGAGGAGGACCGGUACAACUUUGGGGCGUACCCGCUGCAUCUAGCCUGUCUGUUUGAGCUGCGGAUGAAGAACGUGCUCUUCCUGGUGGCCCACGACCUGGCCGACCAGCACCCAGAGGAGCCGUGCUCAUGGCUGGCAGUGGGCGUGUACUAUUUUGCGACGGACCGGAUUGCCGAGGCGCGGCGCUACUUCAGCAAGGCCAGCAUGAUGGACGCACACUAUGGGCCGGCCUGGAUCGGGUUCGCGCACACGUUUGCGGCCGAAGGCGAGCACGACCAGGCCAUCUCGGCGUACUCGACGGCAGCGCGGCUCUUCACGGGCACACACCUGCCGCAGGUUUUUCUUGGGAUGCAGCACCACGCAAUGAACAACAUGGCAGUGGCGGAGGAGUUUCUCAAGACGGCCUACGGGCUCUGCCGCGAGGAUCCGCUGCUGCUCAACGAGAUGGGCGUGGUGUGCUACCACCAGGACAGGCCGCGCGAUGCGGCCACGCUCUUCCGCAAGGCUCUCGAGGUGGCCGACGACAUGGACUGCGAUCCGCAGGCGUGGCUGAGCGCCCGCACCAAUCUGGGUCACGCAUACCGCCGGAUGCGGCUCUUUCGCGAAGCGCUCGACCAGUUCGACGAAGUCCUGCGGCUGGGCGGCAAGAAUCCGGCCGUCUUCUGCGCCAAGGGCCUGAUCCACCUGGAGCGUGGCCGUCCGGACGAGGCGACCGUGGUGCUGCACGAAGCCCUCGCCGUUCGUCCCCAAGACCCCAUCGCGACCGAGCUGCUGAGCACGGCCUUGGCCGAGAUGACGGCCAGCCGACACGUGUUGCAGCUGCCGGGUGGCAAUGCGAAGAGCCGUGGUGACCAUGCGAUGGGGGAGGUGGGCGACGGUGAUGAGAUGGACAACGAAGACGCCACUGAGGACGACGAAGACGACGAAGACGACGGGGUGGACGCAGAGACCAUGGCCGGCUUCGAGCAGGAACUGCUGCAGCGACGCGACGAGGCACAGCAGCGACUGGCUGCAGCACUGCAGAACGGCGGCUCGUCAACCCGAUCGCGGAGGAUGCAGACGUCUUCCCGGAGCAAGAGCAAGGGAAGGGGAAAGGGAAAGAUGCGGAGUUCUGCAAGAGACGAUAACGACGAGGAAGACGAGGCUGAGCUCGAGGUUGGGGAAGCAGCACUGGCGACUAAUGACGAUCCGUUUGAGGACGACAGUGUGGCGCGACACCGGCUGCGACGAACGAUGGGCAGCAACAUUCGGCAGAAGCGCAAAGCCCGCUCAUCGCGGGCGGUGGUGCGGCAGUCCAACUCGCGCAAGCGGCCGCUGAACCCGACAGGCAACGCGAUCGUGGCCCAGAACUGGGACAAGAAGCAGACGUUGAGCCAGAACUACCGCCGUCUGGGCCUGAUGAACCGGCUGCACAACCCGGCGGGCGGCGUGGAGCGGCUGGGCACGGACGUGGAAGCAGCGCGGAAGCAGGCGGCCGCGCUGGCGGCGGCCCAGCAGACGGUCGACCUGCUGCGCAUCAACGGCCAGGCGGGCCUGCUGCAGGGUGGUGCAGCGGCGGUGGCAGCCGCACGAUCGGCCACGUCCAAGGCGGCAGCGGCCGGCGGUGUGCGCGAGGUGCGCGUCGAGCGCGAUGCCGACGGCAAGAUUGUGCGAAUUGUGCGAGACGAGGCCGAGAUGAAGACGGGAUCGGCUGUGCUGCGGCCUAUCGACGACCUGCUCAGCGUGAUGGAGAACCAGGAGGAGUGGGCCGGGUUCGGGGACGAGACCGCUGUCGUCACGUCGUCUGCCACUACGCCCGUCGUGGCGGCUCUCGAAGCCAUGGCUCGCCAGCCGGUCGGACCGCAUCAUGUCCGCCACCAGAGCCAGGGCGAGCGGUCCUGGCUGCAGACGCUUGCCGACCAUUACGGCACUGCCGAGCCCGACGACAACACGCUGGCCGCCAUGGCGCGCGACCGGCGACGCAAUCCGAUGCAGCGCACGGCCGCAGAUCUGGGCCGGCGGCUGGCCAACUUCCGGGCCAAUGGCGGGAGCGUGACAGCGUGA